UGUCUGUUGAUCUAUCUAUCUAUCUAUCUAUCUAUCUAUCUAUCUAUCUAUCUAUCUAUCUAUCUAUCUAUCUAUCUAUCUAUCUAUCUAUCUAUCUACAGUGUAACAUCUUUUGCUUUUAUAUUGCAGGUCAGUGCAGGCAAGAGACAGAGGCUGAUUCUAGCCAUGAAUGGAGGCAUGUUGCCAGGUAUGAACGGUGGACAGGUAAAUGGAGUGAACCCUGGGAUGAUGGCUGGAGGUCUGAACCCACUUGUGGUAGCUGGUGGUGGAGCCGGUGUUAUUGGGCAGCCCCAGUUCGCUCAGUUUGUUCCAGCAUUUGCAGUCCCAGCCCCUAUCCCCAACGUUUAUCCUGUACCUGCAGUCAAUACGCUUCCUUUCAUGGGAGUUCCUCAGAUGGCCCCAGUGAAUCCUCCUCAGCAGCCUCUGAUGGGGUUCACAGGUGGAGCUGUGCCACAGCAGCUUCCUCUUCAGGCUGAUCCACUCAGAAGAUUCAGGCGUGAGAAUAUGAAAUCAGAAAACGCCUUGAAGGCUACUGUGGAUACUCAGAUUCCUGCCCCCUCCAUGUCAACAACUGCAGCCCCCUGUGGCAACGAUUAUGAGGAUAAUUAACGAGACACUGUUGCUUUAACAUGAGCGUAUAAUAAAAUAUGCAAGACAUUUAUAAUAUCCAGUAUCACAAUAAAGCUUGACUCCUGUGAUUGCACAUCUCUAUAGCAAAAUGAAGGAUGAAUGCAUUGGCUCACUUUAUGUAUUACUUAUUUUGAGAUUCAAAAAUAAAAAUAUUUCACUGACAAAAUCAGUUAAUUGAUUUUCAUGUUUGUUCUUAAUAAACGAAUUCUACUUUAAA